UGCAUCGCUGGAUGUACAACCUUUAACCUAUUUCCGUGGAAACAUCGCAUGGUUGCAGCCAUGGAGUGCCUCAAAGACUGCUGCAAGAACUUCUUGACAAAGAAGGGGAAGGAGCAGGAGACCCAAGUGAUCUCACUGAAGAUGCCCCCUAAAAAGACAGCAGCUUUAGGGUGGGAGCUGAAUGAAGGGAGAAGGGUAGUCACAGAAGAUUACCUCCUGUCUAAGCUGCCCCCGGAUGGUAGAGAGGUGCCGUUUGUCCUCCCGACCUUUAAGGCCUCUUACAUCCAACCCAGAGGGUCCCGCUACCCGAAUUUACAGUCUGGGCUGGAGAGUUCAGCCCGGUGCACUUAUGCACAGAGGAAGGCAGAGCUGCUGGGUUCCAGUCACUUCACCUACAGCCCCGAGUCCAGCUUUCAUCAGGGUCAAAUGGCUGAAAACAUUUCCCCCAGCUCAACCCACCGCGACACACUGAAGAACAUAAAGUCUAGUCCUCAAAGUCCAGGUUGGACUCUGAAGAAGGGCGGUGAGCAGCGACUGAGCAGCUCCAUGUUUGAUCUGUCCAGCUCUCAGGGUCACAUGCAGCGCUUCGACUCCACCUCCAGUGUCCUCAGCAGCACGUCCUCCAUGAUUGGCUCCAUUGAAAGCAGCCUGGACUCCAUCACCCUGUCAGGGGACGAGCGUGAGUUGGGGAAGGUGUGCGUCCGAGUGAGCUACCAGGAGGCUUUGGAGCAGGUGUGGAUCACUCUGGUCCAGUGUUCAGACCUCAACCUUCCUCCGGAUGGAGUGGAACAACAAAAGAUUGGAUUUAAAGGGAUCCUCACCAUCCCCAAACCAAUACAGUUCAAGAGUUCAGUCAAGGAAUACUGUCAGGAUGUGUCCUUCAUAGAGACCUUUGUGUUUGCACUGCAUAUCCAGCAGUUGCGCUGCAGUGCUUUGUUGUUGCGGGUGCAAACAUACAACCCCAGGAAACGUACGGUGGCGGAGUGCGUCCUCUCCUUGCGACAGCUUGGUCCACAGGAGACAGAGCACUGGCUUCAUCUAAACCCUCCGUCCAAAUCCUCUGUGUGCCACUCUGAGCUGCAUCUCACCACCUGCUUUCAGCCAGUGAACGGACGCAUCCAACUCAAGGUCCUCGCCGCCCAAAACCUCACAGCAUCCUCAUCACCACUCACCCAAUCAUUUUUUGUCAAAGUGGAGAUGCACCAGUUGGGGCAUGUGGUGACUAAGAAGAAGACUCGUGUCCUGAAGGCUUCGGGGGGUCAGUGUCAGUGGACAGAGACUUUUCACUUCCCCCUGACUGCGUUAGACCACGCCUGCUCGCUGUCAGUCAGACUUUACAGCCGGAGUUCAGUCAGGAGGAAACGGUGUCUCGGACAGGUUCAGCUGGGAUUCGACAGCCCUACCCCAGAAGCAGUGGAGCAGUGGAAAGACACGAUGGCUCACCCAGAGAAAGUGGUGUCUGCGUGGCACAGAUUGAGUGCUGCCUAAUCCUCUUCUCCUAACCUCCUCUUUACACACAAUGGAUGUGAAUCUCUUGGGCUGCAAGUCCAGCUGUGCCCACUUGCUUUUCCAGUCCAGUCAGUUGGCUACAGUCCUGUACGUUAACUGAGUCGACUCUAAUGGACCAGACUAUAAACUACUAAACGGGGUCCAAAUGCCCUGGGAGACCAGAUUUUCACAGAGACAGUUCAGGUGCCUGGUUGUAAAUAGGGGUUUUCGAACAAAGUGUGGAUUUCAAGCUGGAAAUGUUAGUUUGGUGGUUAUUGUCUAGACAAAAUUAAGUUCUUUCUUAAAAAAACAGUAGAGCUUUUGCCUAGCUGACAACCAUUCAGUUGCAUAGCAUUUAGCUGUAUAUAAUGGUGUAUUUUGUAAGUCUUGUGUCUUGUGUAUAUGACUUAUAUUAGUGAAAAUCUUGUUUUCAAUCUCUCUGUUGCAUAGAAAGUUUACAAGUGACCAUAAAGCCAAACUCACUGUAAUACUCACUGUAUCCAUUUUAUCAGUCUGUAAUUAAGACCCAUUUUAAACGAUAAGGCUGGCGAGAUAUAAUAUUUUUCCUAUCGUCAACAUAAAAAGAUUAAAACAGUUAAGUCUAUUACGUUCCUACACUCUGAAUCUCAGCUAAAUCCAGUUGGUUCCUCCUGAAGAAGUAAAUCUUUAAGAACGUGUCAUGCUAUAUAGUUUUUUAAAUAAAUGGCUAAGAGAGCACUGAACCAAAAGAACUUGCGACCAGCUCAGCUAAACAAUGAGCGAACAUUUGCUGUAAGCUCCAGCAAACCAAGGGCAGUUACAGAUUCAGGUGAUAAUUAAUUUGAUAUAUUGUUAGUGUACAAUAUUGGUUAUAGUUGUUUCAAAGCAACAUUUUGUAAGAUUUGUCUUUUAGUAAAAUUUGGUAAAAUUUGGUGUCCCAGUGUAGUUUACCACCUUUUAUUUUACGAAGCUCUCGCCAACAUCCAGCAGCCUGUUGCAUUGGUCAUUCUCUUUUUCUCUUCUUAGCUUCCUACGACAACGUCUUCUUUGGUCUCUUCGCAGCCUCUGCCAUUAAAUCUAUACUGAAUAUACCAAGCUAGCUUCUUCCAAAGAACUUACAGUGGACAUUAUAUACUUUUUGCUUCUUCUUUUGCUUCUUCUUAUAGCUUGCUUGCUGAAGAGUCGUGUUGGUGCCAUAAAGCAUUAUGCCAUUGUCGUGAAAGGUUUUGUACAUUCUAAUGUUAUACAGUGCCUAUCUGGCACCCCGGCCCGGACAGGCAACAACAGAGACACCAUGCCUAUUAGUGUACCAUCAAGAUGAUAUUGGAUACACAGCCUUGUCAGUAAAAUCAAUUCGCUGUUGAUUUUGGUCUUUUCAUGGUAUUUGUUGACAAUAAGAAAAAUAUAGAUAUCACUAGACUUAUCCCUUAAUUCCCUAAAAGGUGAGCUUGAAGGUUUUCCCAUUCCCUAAUUUAACUAGAUAGGAUGUCAUGUUACUGUACCAUACAGCAGUAUCAAAUCUUAGCUGUACGCUUUUGAUAGUG